CAGAAGAAGAAAGGGGAAAAUAAGUACUAUUUACGCAGAAAUAAUGACGAUGUUUGUGUACCUGACAGCAGGGUUCGUCUUGUUUUAUGUGUUUCUUUAUUACUUCGUGCUGAAAGCAGCGAGAUGCUGCAGCCAGGUGAAGCUGCAGGGGAAGACGGUUGUUGUUACAGGGAGCAACACUGGCAUCGGCAAGUCCACGGCUCUGGAGCUGGCCAAGAGGGGAGCCAGAGUGAUCCUGGCCUGUCGCAGCAGGAAAAGAGCCGAAGCUGCAGUUUUGGACAUCCGCAGAGAGAGCGGGAACAACCAGGUUCUGUUCAUGCAGUUGGACCUGGCUAGUCUGAAGUCUGUGCGCAGUUUUGCUGAAACUUUCCUGAACACUGAACCUCGACUGGACAUCCUCAUCAACAAUGCAGGUGUGAUAGCCUCAGGACGGACAGAGGAAGGCUUCGGUCUGGCAUUCGGGGUGAACCACCUGGGUCACUUCCUGCUCACCAACCUGCUCCUGGAGAGGCUGAAGCAGUGCGGGCCGAGCCGGGUGGUCACCGUUUCUGCUUUGCUGCACCGCUGUGGAAACAUCAACUUCCCUCUGCUGGCCUCCACGAAGGAUUUAGUCUCGGGGGAAUCUACCCUGCAGAACAUCCGGGCCUACUGUAACAGCAAACUGUGCAACGUGCUUUUCACCAGGGAGCUGGCCAAUCAGCUGCAGGGAACCAACGUCAGCUGCUUCUGUCUGCACCCAGGAGUCAUCCGGACAGAAAUAGGUCGCAGUUUGAGCUGGUGGCAGCAGCUCCUCGUCACUCCACUGGUCAAGCUCUUCUUCCUGGACGUUGAAGCGGGCUCUCAGACCACCCUGCACUGCGCUCUGCAGGAGGGCCUGGAGCCCCUCAGUGGGCGGUACUUCUCUAACUGUGCGCUGCAGCAGGUGGGAGCCAGGGGGCGAGACGACGCCCUGGCCAAGAAGCUGUGGGAAGUGAGUGAACGGUUAACAGGAUUGUCUUAACAAACUGGAUCCUGAUCCCGCAGCACUGACGACUGAAACAGCACUCUGUGCCUUAGAGGGGUCUGCAGCACUGAGACCACACACAUCUCUUCUUCUCUGCCUCUGAAACACAAAUAACUGAAAUCACUGUGUGGAUUUAUACCAGCAAGUUGUAGCAGUUCUACAGGUUAUAACAUCAUGUCCCCAUUUAAUUUCAGUCAUAAAUAAUAAAAAGUGUUUUAAAGCGA